AACAUAUGAUUUGCUAGCUGUGCCGCGUUCCAGUCUUGGAUUAACAAAUUUCCAAAAUAUGGCCGCGACUGUUAUGUAGCUUUUUUCAGUAUUUGCUCAGUCUUAUCUGUUUUAUGAAAUAAAAUGAGCUUGGAACGUCAAUGAAAAUGGAUAAAUGAAGAUUGAAGAAUUGUUAUUUAGACUCGGCCAGGCGUGGGAGGAUUGGCAGUGGAAAAUGGAGCAUCUUAUCGACGUGGCCGGAGAGCGGCUUUCUGCAGCAGCUCUUCAGGUUCGAUGCAGCAGUGCCGGGGAGCAGUAUAGAAUCAUGGUAGCUGCUAUUGAGGAGCUAAUGGAGAAGGUUCAGAAAAGCUUCCUUGAGUUAAGAGCUGUUCAAAUGCUUCUUGAAUCUUUAAACAAUACUGCUGAUGAAAUGAUGGUAAAGCUUGCCUGGGCUACCCCUUUCUUUAGGAGUUUGCCCCGCGACAAAAUAGCCCUGGUGUCAAUCUCCCUUAUCAUCGGCUUCAUGACGGGUCGAUCCUUCUCCAGUUCCGUUCCUAGACUUAAACCUACAUAUAUGAUCUCUACUGUGUGCGGGAGCUAUUCAGGGGUUCCAGGGAUAGCACAGUGCAGGAUUGAGAUUCCCCGAAUUCAAUCAAGCGACGAACUCCUUAUCCGAGUAAUGUCCGCCAGCCUUGACCGAACCGACUACCUCUCAUUAACCGGCUGGGGCAGGGCGGAGAGGCGGAAAAUGCACGGCGGAUUCACCCUAGGCCGGGACUUUUGCGGCGUAGUGGUGGAGACGGGGGAGAAGGUGCCACACCUCCAACCUGGAGAUCGGGUGUGGGGAGCUGUUCCAUACAAUCUUCCCGGGACCAUGUCGGAGAUGGUGGUGCUCCCGGGGAGGUUUGUGGAGAAGAUGCCCAACAACCUGGACUGGGACGGAGCCGCCACCGUUCCCUACUCCGCCCUCAUGGUUUGGUCCGCCAUGGUGUGGAAAGGCGGAUUAAAGCCGGAUAAAUCUGAAGGUUUAAAAGUUCUAGUCCUUGAUGGAGUCUCAGAUACAGGUUGCCUGGCGACUCAGCUGGCCUGUCUCUGGGGUUGCAUGGUUACUGUGCUGUGUACCAGUCGAACUGUUCCUCUCGCGCACGCGCUUGGCGCGCAGUAUGUUGUUGCGGCGCGUGAGACAGGAGAAGAAACCCUUCAUGAUCUUGAAGAAUCAGGACCGUUUAAUCUAAUCAUUGUAGCCGGAGAUUUAAUCUCUGUAACCUCCUGUCUACCUCUUCUAGCGGAGCGAGGACGAAUAUGUUCAACCCUGCCUCCCAACCUGUCCUCCGAUAAUUGGGGGAUUUUUCGGCGCAUUUUUCUCCCGCUCUGGAGAACGUUCGUCCUUCCUCCGUCCUUACCUCGCUCCGGACAACUUGCUCAACCCUUGAAAUAUAUCACGGCAGCUGUAGAGAGCGGGAAAAUCCAACCCGUUCUAGAUUCGGUCCUCUCGCCGGCAGAUGUCAAGCAAGGUUUGACACGACUGGCGAACGAGGUCACAGUGGGCAAAUCUGUUCUGGUCUUUGACAAAAUUUAGUCAAAAAUUUACUCAAAUAUCUUGUCGACGCGACGAUAGGAUCAUGUCAUCAAGAGAAAAGGUUGACAAUAUCGACAGGAAUUAGUUAAUUAUUUGUUAAAGAAGCAACUUGAACUUAGUUAAAAGGUUUAAUUUGUCGGUAGAUAAUAUUGUAUUAAGAUACCUCAGUUUGACAUUUUAAAAUAGUUUAUAAUGUCGUCUGAUAUCAACGAAUAGUUGCUAUUUAUGUCGUCAACAAAUUAUCAAAUGUUGUAAACGUAAAUAGCUAUUUAUAUUGAUCAGAAAUCAAGUCAACGGUUAGUCGACAAAUAAAAUAGCUAUUUAUGUCGAUAAGAAAAGGUUACAUUUUCAAAAAGACUUCAUUUAUGAUUUUAAAAACGAACAUUUUUUUGGCAUUUCUAUUACUUCUACUGGGAAAAUUAUUUUUUUAAUUACAAAUACAGAGGCAUUAAUAUGCUUAAACAGUGCAAUUUAAGUGUCGAUUUCUAUUUAUUUGUAAAAUUUCUCGAUUCUUUUUGAUAAGUUUCCAAAACUUUAGAUUUUUAUUGUAACAUAACAUAUGUAACAUAUGUAACGAAUGCCUGUUAAACCUGAGUUAAAAUGAAAAAUGCAAUACACAAGAUUAAAUGCCAGUCCAGUUCACAACUGUAUCUGAGAAACAACCAGGAAGAUAUCUUGGUUCUUCUGUUUUAAAAACGUUUAAUUUUGGCUGACCUCGCAUUAAGAUAUUUUUUGAAAACUUCUAUUUUUUCUUGCUUCUUAAAAAUGUAUACCCCUUCAACUUCUGAUUCUCUUAUUUCUGAAACACCGCUAACCUCUUUUUGUAAGUCACUCUUAGAUUCAUAGUAUUACUCGUCUAACAAGACAGAGAUGGUUUAACAUUAAUUGUAAUUGUUAGUUAAGGGAGUGUUAGCGAAAAAUGAAAGGGGGUAUAGGCUGAUAUUUAAUUGAAUUCGUUUUCGAUCACUACUAACUUUACUUUUAAUAGCGUAUAUAAGGGGAAAAUGGUCGCGAACACUCGUUUUAAUACAGUGAUCGUCGUAUUUAUCAAUACAAUAAAGACUACUUUCGAAUAAAAUUUAUAUUUCUACUAAGCUUUCAAACCGAAUUAAUUCAUAACAUGGAAAUAAAUUUUAGCUUAUAAAAAAAGCUUUCUGUGUCUACUUGUGCACUUAUAAUUUAAGAAAAUUUUAUAUAAAUCAAAGGUAAAAUAAAAAAGUCGUCUUCGUUGUAUUGAUAUAACCGCCGACCACUGUAUGAUAAUGACACGUGUAUUUUUGCUAAUUACAGAUUGAUAGAUAGGACAAACCAUUGAAUAUAUCAUGAACCCGCAAUAUCUUUGUUUACAUGAAAAGUGUACUGUAGUUUCCGGGCGGAAUGUAAACAAAUCCAGUGCUGUUCUAAGUGCCCCAGUUUUGUAUAUAUUCUUCAAAGAACCUGCAGUACAGUUCAACAAAAAAACGAGAUAAAAAAUGUUUACGUAACCUCUGAGCUUUCUGCCUUAUAUAAACUCUUAUUGGCGGAAGGGAUUGUAAACGCAAUUUUAAGUAAAUAGAUGUUUGUUUGGUCAAGAAUUUACGAGAUAUCAAUCAUUUUCAUUCUGAAAAUUUAUUAUUUUUAAUUUUGGUUUCUCUAUGAACCGGCUCGCGGAUUUCUCCUAGGUUGUUAUGAUUAAACACUUAAAAGUAUAAAAAACGAAGAUAUCUUCAUUAUUGAUCAGAUAUAAUUAAAUUUAAUGGUUAAAGGUAGGAUCUAUCAAUUUAUGAAAUCUAUGGCGAAUACAUAUGAAGUCCUAUCCUUGUUAUCUGUAAAUAUUAAAAAGUUAAAUUUUGUGAACGUUUUAUAGUUCUUGCACCGACGAUAAGGGGGGGGGGGGGCAAAAUGUUGCUAAACAACAGUAUUGAGUGAAUUUUGCCUAAACAGCACCCCUUUCAUCUAAAAAAAACUUUCUUUUCUGACUUAUCCUAGAAUUGAUUGAGAAAAUGGUUUAUUAAACAUUGUUAUAAAUUUACAAUAAUACGUUGACUCAAUAUCUCAUUGUACAUGUACAUUGUACACCAUGUAUAAAUAAAUGUGUAUUGUACAAAUCCGGUUAUUUUUACAAUAUUGUACGAAAUCGUUGUACAAGUGGAGCUUAAAAACAUGUACAUGUAAAAAUUAACUAGUUAAAAUAAAUUAUAAUUUAAAACUUAAAA